AUGCCCAACCAAGCAACCUUGACCCCAACGUACGCCGCACUCUAUCCAGCUGCCCUGUCGCUGAUCCCCAUCGUCCGGGCCAGCAAUGGCGAGACCCCACUUGCCGAUGAAGGUCUUGAUAAUGAUGCUGGCAAACCCAUGCUCAAGAGAAAGCGCAUGAACAACGCAAGAGGCCCGGUCAAGGGCGCCCAUGGACAGAUUGGUGAAAUAAUUCUGGGUAUAAUCCAUCGCGACAACCCGGCUCUAGAGGCGCAGAUCGAGGCUUUCCUACAUGGACAGGAUAGCACGGGCAUCCAGAGAUCCGAGUACGUCGGCAACAACAAAAACAAGUCGGAGCUCAUUAACUGUUUCCGUGACGGACCGUUGCCCGACCUAUGCAAGUUGGCUGCGAAGACCAUUCUUCAUUGGAAGAUCAGAGGCCGGAUGGCACGGGUGUGGCGAUGCCGAUGCAACGUGGCAAUCCACGAGUGCAAUCUCAUGCUGCACUAUAUGCUGGCGCGGACGACGGCCAGCGAGGCGCACGCGGAGGAGCUCCGGGAGCUGAUGAGGCGCAUCGCGGAGGAGACGCGGCGAGGGUCGUGCUGGGCGUUCAGGCGGUGGAAUGUCGUUUGGGGGAAGCCGGCCGCUUCAGGGGCAAGGGGUUUGACCACGGAGCUGGUUUAG